GUCACAUGACUUUCCCAAAGUCCCAUUUGAUCGCCAAAACAAAGUGGUCGGAGGAAGCGCUGGUAUGGCAGAUUGGACAAAGUUAAAGUGACGGUCGAGUGUGAAUAUUUUUAAAUCAGCCCGCGGGACAUGCGAGUGUUUCUAUCUGCAACCUCUGAGUCUGUUUCUAGAUAAAAUGGCGUUGCCAUCAUCUGUACUUUUGGUCCUUGUUUUCCUCAAAGCAGAAGUGACCCUCUCUACAGGAAGCAAUGAAUGUGUUGCCAGAAACUUUGGCCAUGGAUCUGUGGUGUGUGAGUGUAAUUCAACCCACUGUGACAGUGUUGGGUCAGUCGCCUUGCCUCCCCUGGGCCAGUACUCCUCCUACCUGUCCAGCAUGGCCGGCAGCAGACUGGAGGCAGGCCGGGGUCCGGUCCAGGUGAACAGCACCCGGGCAGGCCUCAGGUUGUCUAUCGUUCCCUACCAGAAGUACCAGAAGAUCAGGGGAUUCGGUGGAGCUAUGACAGAUGCAGCAGCCAUUAACAUCCUGUCUCUAUCUGCUGGUGCACAGGACCAGCUGCUGCGACAGUACUUUUCCCCUGAAGGUAUUGGCUACAGCGUGGUGCGUGUCCCCAUGGCCAGUUGUGACUUCUCCACCCGUCUGUACACGUAUGCCGACACGCCUGGAGACUACAACCUGGACAAUUUCACGCUGGCCAAUGAGGACAUCAACAUGAAGAUCCCUCUCCUGCGGCGUGCUCAGGCCUUGUCUCCUGGCCCCCUGUCUCUGCUGGCCAGCGCCUGGAGCGCCCCCGCCUGGAUGAAAACUAACGGUGCUCUCAUAGGAAAGGGCUCCCUGAAGGGCCAGCCUGGGGGAAAGGAGCACAAAACCUGGGCUCAGUACUAUAUCAGGUUCCUUGAGGAAUAUGCUAAAUAUAACUUGACCUUCUGGGCUUUGACCACAGGGAAUGAGCCCUCUGCAGGACGGUUCACAAACUACAGUUUCCAGGCUCUUGGCUUCACUCCUGAGGAGCAGAGGGACUGGGUGGCUCUUGAUCUGGGCCCUGCCCUGCACGCGUCUUCACACCCACUCACACACGUCCUCAUACUGGAUGACAACCGCCUGCUGCUGCCUCACUGGGCUAAAGUGAUCCUAAAUGACAUUCAUGCAGGACAAUACAUUCACGGCAUUGCAGUACACUGGUACUUGGACAGCCUUGUCCCAGCAGAGAUGAGCCUGGGAGUCACCCAUCAUCUCUACCCAGAGUAUUACCUGUUUGGCACAGAGGCCUGCUCUGGUUUUAGCACCCUAAACAGAGGGGUGAAGCUGGGGAGCUGGGACAGGGCUGAAAACUACGCACAUGACAUCAUAGAGGACUUAAACCAUUAUGUGGUGGGUUGGACUGACUGGAACCUGGCGUUGGACCAGACUGGUGGGCCAAACUGGGUUAAAAACUUUGUAGACAGCCCUGUUAUAGUGGAUGCACUUCGGGAUGUCUUCUACAAGCAGCCACAUUUCUACAGCAUGGCCCACUUCAGUAAAUUCCUGUGGGAGGGGUCUCAGAGAGUGGGUGUGUCCGCCAGUCAGAAAACACACCUGGAAUACUCUGCCUGCAUCAGACCAGAUGGCUCAGUCGUGCUCAUCGUACUCAACAGGUCAUCAUCAGUGAUCCAGUUUGAAGUCUGGGAUCCCGCUGUGGGCUACAUCUCCUCCACUGCACCGGCUCAUUCACUGCUCACACUUGCUUGGAACACACAAUGAUCAUUAAUACAAGUUGACAUACAUCUCCAUCUCAACCACAUUACCAAUGUGUCUAAGCAUGUAUUAAAAUGCCUCAAACAGUGAGCAUUUCUCGUUGGAACCUGAAGCGGUUAUAACUUUGAGUGCUUUCUUGAUGUGAAGCCACUCGCAAGCAUUUUCUAAUUAACUGGUGCAAGAUUUAUUUUUUAUCUGCCGUGCUUUUCUGCACAGUGGUCACUUAAAUUAACCUUAGCAAAAAAGAAUAACCUCAAUUUGAUUUUCAUUCAAAAGCCUAAAACGCUUUUUAAAGCACAGAUUCCUAUCAGGAAUGGUUCCUGAACGUACUGAAUGUAUUUCUGUUCACCAGAAUGACCGGAAGCUCAACUGGUGCCGCGAAUAAGCUUUUAAAUGUACUUACCAAGAAAUCAUAUAAAUAAUGUACAGAAGUUGUAAAUGCCUUUUGCUGUUGCUAUUUAAUUUCAAAUAAAGUGCAUAUUUUUUAAAACUA